AACCGCCUGCUUUUCCAGAGGCGCCUUGAGCAGGACCAUUGAUUGAGGCUUCAAUAACGCGGACCGUAGUAGAAGGUGAGAAAGAAGGAUGGCGAGAGAGGUAAUAGGCCGUCGAGCAUCCAAUUAUUCCUGCGCCAAUGAUGACGAUACUGCGCCUCGGAGGAGUAUCCGUGGAGGUCAUGGUCCAAUAAGGUAGAGUUCGGUGAUGCGGUCCGCCGUCCGUACUUUCUGGAAAUCAGUCACUACCUUCGUGACAGCGUGACCCAGAUUUCUUCAUUGGCUCCAUUGAUGCCGCUGGAUGGGCACUCGUUUCUUGUCUCCCAAGGAUGGUCUGGCAAGGGGACGGGGCUGAGGCAAGGCGCAAUAACGCGGCCAGUUAUAGUCAAUCAGAAAAAGACGCUUUCAGGUAUAGGGAAAGACCGCGACGAAGCCUUUCCGUUCUGGGAUCACUUGUUCUCAGCCGCAGCCAAAUCUCUUCAAGUCAAAAUAUCUAGUGAUGAUGACGAGGAGGGCAAGACUAGCAUAUCUACUGAAGCUACCCUAACGCUAAAACGAACCACGACCGGGAUACUAUGUAAUCGAAGACCUCCGGGUGGAACAUUGGUCUCCUCAUCUGGAACAGAUACGCUGGAUUCCGUCCUCAUGCCGCGACUCAGUUUAUUGGCAAUGGCGAAACGCGAAGCGGCCAAGCGCGGUCUUUAUGCUAGAUUCUUCCGAGGCCCCAUCUUAGGUCCCGAUAUCAUUCUCUCCAAGCCGGAGGAAGACGUGGAAGCAGAACCCACAUUGUUGUCCCAGAAAUCGAAAGAGACCGAUGCGGACAUACAAACAGAGAAGAAAAGGAAAAGAGGUGAUGAGGAAAAGGAGAAGAUGGGUUGCAAAGAGGAUGCCGAGGGGAGAAGACAGAGAAGACUACGGAAAGCCGAAAAGAAAACUGCGAAAUUAGCGAGGGACGAGAAGCGUGAGAGGAAAUGUCGGAAGCUAGAGAAACGGGCUGAUGGUGAUGUCACAAAGGAGGAAUGGAAGAGAUUAAGGAAAGAGUUGAGGGCAUUGGAGAGAGAAGAGUCGCAGGCGGUACUUAACAGGGAUGGAGAUAUGGAAGAGGAUGACGAAGAUAAACGCAAGAAGCCGAAGAAAUCAAACCAGCUGGAGGAAGCGGAGGCUUUAGAGAAGAAAGGAAAAAGACGACUGAAAAUGCGAGAGUCCGAUGAUACUCUGGAUGUCGCCGACAAUGCAGGUCGAUCUGACAAGGUCCGAGCGGGUAAGAAGCGGAAACGAAAAGAAUCUUCGCUGUAAAUCUGUCAUUUCGUUUACCAUAGUCUUGUGCAAUCGUUUGUUUUACAGUAAUGGAUUAUAUUUGACACAUUU